AUGAAUCAACCCUUGACUAGCGCCAGGGUUGCUGCAAUUCUCCCAGAACGUGCCAGCGUAUUCAACAUCGAUAGAAAGCUCGCCUUAGCACGAGAUGAAGGCUCAGAUGACAAACCUGGUACGAGAAGAGGUAGAUCAGCCUCUCCCAUUCGCGCGAACGUGAAGCGGAGAAGAUCCGUCGUAUCUGCCCCUGGAGAUGUUCAAGGUCGACAGCCAUCAAGCGGAGCAGAGUCGAAGUCUCAAUUUCAAGAGACCGUGACCCCACAACAAAAAGAACCCGCCCACGAGCGCUCUACAAAUCGAAGAACAUCCCAUGCCGAUGAGAUAGAACGGAGAAAGCGUAGGAAAGCAGAUGGAAAGAUCAAAAUUCCUAACAAGCCAGCCGUCGAUAAGUCAGAAAGCAUCAAGAAAUCACUCAAGGUGACUAAAGGCCCGAAGCAGUUGGUUGUGCCACCACUGUUACUCCCUGAAGGCGUAGAAGAUGAUAAAGACGACGAGAAAACGUAUGAGCGAAAAGGCGUAUUCAAACUGAAAAGGGACAAGGGGCCCAAUAAAUUCCGUUUCCCCAAGCCUCAUAGUCAUCCAGAACCAUUAUGGCGCGCAGGUGACGGAUUCUCAGUCAAUGAAGCCAGACCAAACUUUGCGUUCUCUAUGACUGGCACACACAAGCAAAUGAAGCCCAAAUCAACUCCUGGCGUAGGAGAACUCCAGUUGGAAACUUAUGAUGGGAAUGAAGAAGACCCACACCGAUCAGGAGUUGAUCGCCUCAAGAACCAACGUUUACUUCGAUACGAGAUGAAGCAUCGCCGUGGUGUGGUGAAAGAUGUUUGGCCCACCAUAGAUAACUUUUCGGAAGAGUUAGAAGUACGCAAACGGAAUCCCACUGUACCAGCAAACGAGAAGAUUAUUCCUUCGACUCUGCGACCACAGCCAACUCCAGUACCUCAAGCUAGGGAAACGUUAGUGUACAACUCAAUCUCCAUCCCCAUGCCACGGAAAAGGAGGAGUUCGGAUUUCGAGAAUUUCGGAAGGCACAUCGGAAAUGGCAAUAUGAUAAGCAACACGCGUAUUGCUGAGACCCAGAUCGACCCGACUCGUCACAUUACGCAGUCUGAGUCGAUGAACGAGGAAGGCUUUGGUGACGAAGCAGCAGACGAAGUAUCUGAAGUAGAAGGGGAAGAAGAGGAAUAUGAGCCCAUGAUAUCAACGGGGAAUGAUAUGGAGGUCGACGGUAGUGGUAGAUAUAAUCUCAGUGGUGAAACACUUGCAACCACGCCUUGGGUGUUUGACAUGGAAGAUUCAGAUAUAGCUGUUUUAAAUGAUAUAAGGCGUAGAUUGCGAGAACUGAAACGACAUGAUGACAAUAUUAUGGCAUCAGGGGAUAUUGCUAGGGGGUCUUCGAGUUCAGUCGAGCUGAUGUUAAGUUCUGAGGGAUAAGGUGUUAGAGAUUAGAACAACUCAACUAUCAUAAUUGUAACAACGUGAGAGGAAGAAGAACUAUUAGCUGGCGUAGAUUUCAAUGAAAACAAACCUAUAGCUCUUACUCACUGCUGAUUGAUUUUAUUAUUUUCC